GGGUCUUGUAGUCUGUUUCCCUAGCCGCAGGGUUUGGCUGCAGCGGCAGAGUCGGCGGGCGCAGGAUGUGAGCUCACAGCUGAGAUUGCAGGCGGUAGCAGGCCAGAGGCGGCACGGAGUCGGCUUGCCACUCGGCUGAGACGAGAAACGCCACCGCGGACGCGCUGAAGAGUAUGAGGCCCUGGCCUCUGCGGGCCACUCAUUUGUGACCACUUCCACCACGGCAGAGCCUUCCAAGCCUACCUCCUGCCGUGUGGUGAUCUACCUGCAGCGGGAGAUGUCAGGGGACACCUGUCUGUGCCCAGCCUCAGGGGCCAAGCCCAAGAUCGGCGGCUUCAAGGGAGGUGGGCUGGGCAACAAGUACGUGCAGCUCAACGUGGGCGGCUCCCUGUACUACACUACGGUGCGGGCCCUCACCCGCCAUGACACCAUGCUCAAGGCCAUGUUCAGUGGGCGCAUGGAGGUGCUGACUGACAAAGAAGGCUGGAUCCUCAUAGACCGAUGUGGAAAGCACUUUGGCACCAUCCUGAAUUAUCUCCGAGAUGACACCAUCACCCUCCCUCAAAACCGGCAGGAAAUCCAGGAAUUGAUGGCUGAAGCAAAAUAUUACCUCAUUCAAGGACUGGUGAACAUGUGCCAGACCGCCCUGCAGGACAAGAAAGACUCCUACCAGCCUGUGUGCAACGUCCCCAUCAUCACAUCCCUGAGGGAGGAGGACAGGCUCAUCGAAUCUUCCACAAAGCCUGUGGUGAAGCUGCUUUACAACAGGAGCAAUAACAAGUACUCCUACACCAGCAACUCUGAUGACCACCUGCUGAAAAACAUUGAACUGUUUGACAAGCUGUCACUGCGCUUCAACGGCCGUGUGCUCUUCAUCAAGGAUGUCAUUGGCGACGAGAUCUGCUGCUGGUCUUUCUAUGGCCAGGGUCGGAAGCUGGCAGAGGUGUGCUGCACCUCCAUCGUGUAUGCCACAGAGAAGAAGCAGACCAAGGUGGAAUUCCCAGAGGCCCGUAUCUACGAGGAGACACUCAACGUCCUACUCUACGAGACUCCUCGAGUCCCUGACAAUUCCUUGCUGGAGGCCACAAGCCGGAGCCGGAGCCAGGCUUCCCCCAGUGAAGAUGAGGAUGCUUUGGAGCUUCGGGAUCGUGUCCGCCGCAUUCAUGUCAAACGCUAUAGCACUUACGAUGACCGGCAGCUCGGCCACCAGUCCUCUCAUCGUGACUAGUGAGACCCUUGAAGUCAGGACACAAGAAGCCCUGUGCGCCGCCCUGUGGAACACACCCCAUUGGCCAUCCUAUGCUGCUUCUGCUAGCUGGGAGCUUCUCUAGUAUGUGGAGGUGACACGCCCUGCUUGGGAGGUCAGGGAGCUUGGCAGAGGAAAGGCCAUAUUAUCUUGCCUGGGCCUCCUCCCCCAUCACCUCUGCUCUAGGGUGGGCGCACUGACUCCCCAGGCCCGUGGCUGAGAGCCUCCCUUCUGCUGAAGAGCUCCUUUAGUUCCUCAGCUGAAGCCCACAGGAACAACUUUGUUCUCUGAGAAAGGAGGCUUCUGGUGCUCUGAGGGCCCAAUUU